GAUUUCUCCUCUCUGUCCUUGCACGCCUCCAAAUCCUGACCCCUGUCCCCACUGCGGAGAAUUCUCCUAAGACACUGCUGUCGCGUAGCCUCUGCGCCCAGGAGGCGUGGAGCAGAGGGCGCGGGAGCUGAGCGCGCCGCAGCCGAGCUCCCGCGCAGAGGCGAAAGGGAGGGGCUGGAGGGGGCCGGGCGGCACGCGGGACUCGCCCGCGGCUCAGUCUCCUCCCGAGCGCAGCCCCAGCCCCAGCCCGCCAGAGCGGCUGCGAGCGCGAGCGGGAGCCCGAGCUCGGGCCUCGGAGCUCGGAGGCAGAGGGCCGGCGCAGGCGGUGGACCGGAGCAGCGGCCGCGCUGGGGCCCCCGCCGUGCGCGCGUCCUUCUGGCGGAUCCUGCAUAAAUGUCGAAAAUAUUUCCUGUGAAGUGAAGCAUAAGAAUUCCUGAUUGUGAAAGUGUCCCACGAGCACAGUUAAUUGUACAGUGAGGAAAAGUAUGAAAGAACCAUCUGGUUGAGUCUACAGUUUAAGACCACCACUUCCACUAGGCCACCCAGGAUGGAUCUGAACCAAAGCACCGCUAUCACUUUCCUUGAGAAUUGGUGUUCAGAUAAGUCACCGUAUGGCUGUAGGAGACACUAUAAUGUCAGGAAAAAACUGAAGUUCAUUAGAAUCUUGGGCCUUUUCAUGGGCCUGGUAGCCAUUAGCACUGUCUCAUUUUCAAUCAGUGCCUUUUCUGAGACAGAGUCACAGAGCACAGAAGAGGCCAAUGGUGCAAGUGGCCCUAGGAUGGCCCACAGUUACCAUCAAAGAACUCUCUUAGAUUUAAAUGACAAGAUUCAGGAUUAUACUCUACAGCCACCUCUUUCUCAGGAAGACAAAUCCGAGAAUAAUACAGAUCAUGCCCAAGGAGACUACCCAAGAGACAUCUUUUCCCUGGAGGAGCGACGAAAAGGCGCCAUCCUUCUCCACGUCAUUGGAAUGAUCUACAUGUUCAUAGCCUUGGCCAUUGUCUGUGAUGAGUUCUUUGUUCCUUCUUUGACUGUCAUCACUGAAAAACUGGGCAUCUCUGAUGAUGUGGCUGGUGCCACUUUCAUGGCUGCAGGAGGCUCGGCCCCAGAACUUUUCACAUCUCUCAUAGGGGUAUUUAUUGCUCACAGCAAUGUUGGCAUAGGCACAAUUGUGGGCUCAGCAGUGUUCAAUAUCCUCUUUGUUAUUGGCAUGUGUGCUCUGUUUUCUAGAGAAAUCUUAAACCUGACAUGGUGGCCUCUCUUUCGGGAUGUGUCCUUCUACAUCAUUGACUUGAUCAUGCUGAUCAUAUUUUUCCUGGAUAAUGUUAUCGUGUGGUGGGAAAGCUUGCUUCUCUUGACAGCUUAUUUUGGCUAUGUGGUUUUCAUGAAAUUCAACGUCCAAGUAGAAAGAUGGGUGAAGCAAAUGAUAAAUCGCAAUAAAGUCGUCAAAGUGACAACACCAGAGGCCCAAGCAAAGUCAUCUUCAGCCAGGGACAAGGAUGAACAGGCUCUACCGGCUAAACCACGUCUGCAGCGAGGUGGAAGUUCUGCCUCCCUCCACAACAGCCUCAUGAGGAACAGCAUCUUUCAGCUCAUGAUACACACCCUUGACCCACUCGCUGAAGAACUUGGAUCAUAUGGAAAACUAAAAUAUUAUGACACAAUGACUGAAGAAGGGAGGUUCAGAGAAAAAGCUUCAAUUCUCCACAAGAUUGCCAAGAAGAAAUGCCAGGUGGAUGAGAACGAGAGGCAGAAUGGGGCCGCCAAUCACGUUGAGAAAAUCGAGCUCCCGAACAGCACCAGCAUGGAAGUUGAAAUGACUCCACCCAGUGACGCUUCAGAACCUGUGCAGAACGGAAAUCUCUCCCACAGCAUUGAAGCUGCGGAAGCCCAGACCACAGAGACGGGUGAAGAUGAGGAGGACCAGCCUCUCAGCCUGGCCUGGCCUUCCAAUGCCCGCAAGCAAGUCACAUUCCUAAUUGUUUUGCCCAUAGUGUUUCCUCUCUGGAUGACCUUACCGGAUGUUCGGAAGCCUACAUCGAGAAAGUUCUUCCCCAUCACGUUCUUCGGCUCCAUCACCUGGAUUGCAAUAUUCUCUUACUUGAUGGUGUGGUGGGCACAUCAGGUUGGAGAGACAAUUGGCAUCAGUGAAGAGAUCAUGGGUCUGACCAUCUUGGCGGCUGGGACUUCCAUCCCUGAUCUUAUCACCAGUGUCAUUGUGGCCAGGAAGGGACUCGGGGACAUGGCUGUGUCCAGCUCUGUUGGAAGCAACAUUUUUGACAUCACUGUAGGGCUCCCACUGCCCUGGCUCCUGUAUACCAUCAUCCACAGAUUCCAGCCAGUGGCUGUCAGCAGCAACGGGCUCUUCUGCGCCAUUGUCCUCCUCUUCAUCAUGCUGCUCUUCGUCAUCCUCUCCAUCGCCCUCUGCAAAUGGCGGAUGAACAAAGUGCUGGGCUUCAUCAUGUUCGGCCUUUACUUAGUGUUCCUGGUGGUCAGCGUCCUUCUAGAAAACAGACUUCUCAUGUGUCCUGUGUCUAUCUAGCAGGAUAAGCCAUAUCUUGAACCAACAGCAUGGAUGGUCCCUCUCAGCUCUGGGUUCUAGGCGCCUUGACCUCUCGAGAAGAGGCAGCUGGCACACAGCCCUGGGCCUUUCACAUGUCCCUCCUUGGAAGAUCCGAGGAGGGAUGGAGUCACACGGGGCCCACUCAUUUCACAGGCUGCUUCCACCAUUGCCUAUGAAACAGCUUCAUGCAAGAGACAAAGGACCAUCCAUCUGGGGCUUCUCUCCAUUUACCACUGACAGGUACUCCUUCCUGGUCGGAGGUACAUUAAUUGUAAUAAUGCUAACAAUGAUGGAGGCUAUAUAUACAUAUAAGAUAUAUAUAUUAUAAAUAGAUGGAUGCAUUCCCGCCUGUUCCUGUAUUAUACCUCUCCUCCCGUACUUAUAGAGUCUUACAUACCUGUAUACAAACACAGCAAAAGAAAAAUUUUAUAUAUAUAUAAAAUCAUAUAUAUAUAUAUAUAUAAAUACAAAUGCAUCUUUUCAGGGAUAGAUCUAGUAUAUUUAUAGUACCUAUUUGAAGAGGGGCAUCAACCUUCAGUCUGAGCUUUACCUCUUAAGUGCAAGAAGUGAACUGAUAGAAUCAUUGCUGUGACCUUUAACCUACCUUGGACUUCCUGGGAAUCCCCCCAGUAAGGUGGAUGGUUUUGGGGAACUAGGUUGCAGGAGGGUGGUUUGGUGGGGAGGGUGUAAGAGCCCUGAGUGGACCCCUCCAAAACAUUCCCACAGGCCAAACAGGGAAGGCUAUCUACCCACACCUGCUGGGGUACACUGACAAGAGACCCACAGGGUCAUGGGACAGACAGAGGUAAAACCCAGACUGGGUGUAUACUGGCUGUGGGCAGGGGGGAGGUGACCAGGAUUGGUUUGGGGAUUUUAUUUUUAUUGCCCCAGCAUGCAAGUAGACAAUAUAACUGCAAACCAAACUAGCACUCUUCUAGGACAGCAAGACUAUAUAAGCCGAACCUAUGUUGUUCCAAUGCAUGUCCCAUUAUCAUCAAAAGGAGGGGGGCAAGUUAGCUGUGAUUGUCACUUAGACAUAUUUUGAUGCUAAGGGCUCACCUAUAAUCAAAAUGCCUUCCAAGAGAGCCUGGAUAUGUGAUUAGACAUAGCAUCCAGUGGAGUUGCUCAGUGGGACUUGUCACUUAAUGGGAACGGAAGGGCAUAGUUCUUGAAAGCAUCUUCCAGUGUGAUCAUCAAUGGCUUCUGUGACUAAAGAAAUCAUUAUUCCUCCAGUAGAACUGACCUGAUUCUGAUCAAUACUGCUUGAGUUGAGGCAGCUUAGAGGUGUUUGGAAAGGCAUUUGCACACUUAGUGCAUUCCAGAAGGUUUCUGAGUCCUAUGGCGAGUCAUGCCAGGGCCAGGAUUUAUUUAAAGCCUGUGCAACAUCUGUGUCUCUCUCACCAUCAGAGCCCCAGCUGGGACUCGUUCUAGCUUACAGGGUGUACUGAAGACUAUACUCAGCAGUUUCUUUACACUGGCUCCAAGCCAAUCAUUCCAAGGAUAGGAUUUCUGGAUUUUGCUUGGCAUUCAUGGAAUAUUUUCAUUUCACUCAUUCAAUGCCUCCAGGUUCUGUCUGACACCUUGUAUGAUUUCCCGGUUUUAUGUCAAUAGAAAAGCAAACCAGCAGGGAAAGAAAACCAGGCAAACUAAAUUGGUGAAAAAAUAUAGAGAGCUUUUUUCAUUUCCCCAAAUCAUUCUUUCCUUAAAAUCAGGUAAAAAGGUAAAUAGAGGAUGGCCCAUUAUCCUGUGCCCGUUAUCUAAGCUGGCACAUGCCAUGUUUGGGAAACAAUACCAUAUGUGUUCUUGAUGUCGAUUCCGCACGAAGAGCAUACAAGCUGCCCCACAUGUGCCACUCACGACAGAAACCCUUUUUUCAUGUGUUCUUGUACCCAGUUUAUUGUGUCACUGAUGGCUUGCUGUGAUUUUGUCAUGAGCACAUACCUCCUAACACAGGGAAACAGGAUGCAGAACUCACAACUGAAUAAAGAGGAAGGGAGACCUUAAAGCCCCAGCUCAGUCUCAGUAUUCCCCCGCAAAGCCUCAGCUCACCCCACAGAGCAUGGCAGUUACAGGCAGUGCCCAUUGUUGCUUUUCACCUCCACGCAAGGAGCACUCCUAUGUGGAGGCCCACUGGGAAAACAAGAAAUCAAAAUGCUUGCCACCCAGGAGAACUUGCUGUUGAGUCUCUCCAACCUUG